GCGCUAUACCACGCAGUCCGAUUAUUAGACACAAAGCAGGUUGCUAGGUGGUGAGGUUCAAAAGCAAGUGGAGUCCAACAUUGCUCUCACAUUCGGAGAGCAAGAGAGAGAGCGAGAGAGAGAGAGAGCGAGCGAGAGAGAGAGAGAGAGAGAAAAAGGACUGGUUUUCAGAGCAAAAACAACAUAUUUAUUUUCCUAAUAUUCCAGUGCGUUUGUAUUGCAAGUAACCGGAGGCUGGUGCACUCCGCUCCACUCCACGGCGUUUUUUGAAGUGGACUUUGGACAAAGGAGGACCUGUGCUGGCGCACGGACAAGGUGCGCUCAGGUAAUGUAACACCGAGCAGGCUCACGUGAUCAACGCUCAAAACCCGCUUUCCCGAAAAGAGGAUGUGAACACGCCGCUCGCCCCGAAAGCAGCACAAAAAGCUGAAAAGUCAUCGGGAGCACACUGGUCCCGGUUUCUGAAGGGAGGAUUUGUCAUGAGAUGAACCCCAGCCGAGGCCAGCUAGACCCGGUCCACGCCCGCACGCCCGGCCCUGGUCCCUAGACAUGGACGACGGGUGGCAUUGCGCGCUCGGCGUCGCACCGGGGAGGGUCCUCAUCCUUCUUCUGGUGUUCAGCGCUAAUCACGCGUCGGGGAAUAACACUGUAUCGACUGAAUUCAGAUCACAUAACACUACAGGCCCUAACAUCGCGGCCAUCGCGGCCCCCACCGUCACGCUGGGCCUCGUCGCCGUGGCCUCGGCCGUGGCGGUCUGGCUGCUGUGCGUGGUCAAAAAGAAGCGUCAGACGGAAGGCGCGUACAGACCCAGCGCAGAGGAGCAGUGCGGCGCUCGCAGCGUGGCCGCCACCGACGCGCUAAAGCUCCCCAAGGAGGAAAGACUCAUUUGAGGAUCCCCUUUUUCGGGGGGGUUCCCUGUUUGGGCGAUCUUCAAUCAUUUCCUCUGCACAAGUGAAAGAGGAGCUCCAGUAUUUCAUCACCAAGCAACCAAUUCAUUUUGUCCUAAAGUGGCUUUAAUGUUGUUUGAUGUCACAUAUUGUUCACUGCGUAUGAAAUCAAUAGCGCUCGUUUAUUUCCUUUUUGGACCUCAACAAGCACGACUCCAUUUUGGUGUGAAUCAACAGCUGUUUACACGAGUGCGACGUUUGCUUCGACGUCGUGUUAUCGAAACAUUUCAUUUGAGCAACUCGUGUCACGUUAUCAUGACCGGUUUUUUUUUUCAGUUAAUUUA